AUGCCACUUCGCAAGAUCACUUCUCAGCAGGUUUUUGACAGAGUUGCCAAAUAUGGAGCUCAUAACUUCAAGCCAAUCCCAGUUGCUUUAGCCAAGGGCAAAGGUGUGCAUGUGUGGGAUGUUGAAGGCAAGAAAUAUUAUGACUUCCUAAGUGCAUAUGCUGCAGUUAAUCAAGGCCACAGCCAUCCAAAGAUUGUCGCAGCUCUACAAAAACAGAGUGAAGUCUUGGCUAUUACUUCUGGAGCUUUCUACAACAAUGUCCUUGGAGAAUAUGUGGAGUACAUCACAAAACUAUUUGGAUAUGAUAAGAAAGCAUUGCAGGAUCCAAAUAUCUGUGCAUUUAUGGUAGAACCCAUUCAAGGGGAAGCAGGUGUGGUAGUGCCAGAUGAAGGCUACCUGAGAGGAGUUCGACAACUGUGCUCUAAAUACAAUGUUCUUCUCAUUGUGGAUGAAGUUCAAACUGGCCUGGGAAGGACAGGAAAAAUGUUGUGUGUGGAUCAUGAAGGUAUCAGACCAGAUAUAUUGAUCCUUGGCAAAGCUCUCAGUGGUGGUCUUUUUCCUGUAUCAGCUGUGUUGGCAGAUGAUUCCAUUAUGCUGACAAUCUUACCAGGACAGCAUGGAUCUACAUAUGGAGGAAAUCCUUUGGGAUGCAAAGUUGCCAUUGCAGCACUGGAAGUAAUUCAGGAGGAAAGACUUGCAGAAAAUGCAGAAAAGUUGGGCAACCUGCUCAUGAAAGAGCUCAAUACUCUGCCUAAAGACAUCGUACAUACAGUACGGGGAAAGGGGUUACUUGCUGCCAUUGUCAUUGAUAGCAAAUACAAUGCCUGGGACGUGUGUCUGAAACUACGAGACAAUGGAUUGUUGGCCAAAGUCACACAUGGAGACAUAAUUCGGUUUGCACCUCCUUUGGUGAUGACUGAAGACCAAAUGUAUGACUGCAUCAAGAUCAUCAAGACAACUAUUCAUUCCAUCAAGAAAUGA